ACGACUGCCGUUUCGUAGAAACCCAAAUUUAGAUGAAAACCGUUGCUUCAAUUCGAAAGCUUUUAGAAAUUCACUAGUGUGUGAUGAAACUCCCGCCAGAAAAUGGGGAGCCAUCGGAGAACAUCUGAGACGUCGUCAAGGGCGGAGCUCCGGUCAAAGCUCACAAGAGUCGUACGAGGCCACGAACAAAUGAAGACCGCUUUCCACCAACUGAAAUCUCAGAUCCAAAUCGGCCUUCUCCAGGCCGAAGACGUCUUCGCGUCUCUGGCAAUUCCGUUGAUGAAGCUCUUAGGUCUCAAGACGGUGGAGAUGGCGACGGAGGGCCGAUUCACCUCCUUCAUCAUCCAAACAGAUUCCGAUUUGAGUUCUCAGUAUCAGAAUUUCGGAGCCGGAUCUGGACCGUCGGGUCGGUCAGAUCAGAACCGUCAGUGUGCGAAGAUAGAGAUCUACGCCGCCAAAGCGGCGGUGGCCGGCGAUUUGGUAAUCGAGAAGCAAAAAGAUCAGCUGAUUCAACUGGUUCGGAUCCUGAAGCAAAUCGAGUCCCAAGUCAACAAUCGGCAGAGCCACAUGGUCGAAACCCUAGCCAAUCGCCGCCAUUCCCUUCGCAAAUUCUUCCAGAGAGCGAUCGCCUACUUAUCCACCGUUGACCGCGUUGACCAACGGGGGUUCCAGGUGGCGGUGCUGAACCUCCUCCGGGAAAUUUUCAACGAAGUGAGUGCGGUUUUGGGGUCCGUGGAGGCUGACGUGGAGGACCUGGUGGAGAAUUUGGCUGAGAAAAUGUGUGAGCCAAUGGUGGAAUACGUGGAGGGGGUUAAGGCUGAUUUGAGAAAUGGGACUUGCUUGGGCCUAGUGGGCUUGGUGAAGGAGAUGGCCAGGGCGGCGGGGGAUUCGAGGGCGGAGCUGGAGGCGGCGAGGAAUAAGGCCACGGUGGCAGAAGAGAGCAGAGCUGAGGCUAUGAGGAGGCUCAGGGAAUCAGAAGAAUAUGUGAGGAAAUUGAAGGAAUGCUUCAAGUUCUUGCCAGAGCCUAGUAAAGCAUCCACCAAAGUAACCAAAGCCUGUGCUUUACAUAAGAUUUUAGGCAUGGAGAAAGAUCAAGCCCACGAUGAGAAGCUGUUAUGGGAGCUAUUGGAAAAGAAGAGAAAGUAUCAAACUCCAGAGAGUCCACUUGGACCCAGAGAGCUGCUUCCCCUUCAUCAGUCCAAGCGCCAAAAGGCAACACGUGUAAAGCCACAAGUUGGUAGCAGCGCGUAUUCACAGCGUUCAAGAACCCCACGUUUGGUGGCUGCUCGGAUACCCUUGGGCUCAUCCCCUUCAGUGACAAUUCAGUAAGCUGUCCCGCUCUAGCUAGUCUUCCCCCAAAUGCAAGCCUAAUAAAAGGUCUUGAUUCGCUGCUGAUUCCAGUCACUACUGGUAAGUGGUAAACCAUCACUUGUAUGUUUUGUGCUUGUGGGCUGCUACUUUUGUCUUUUUAGACCUUAGAGUAGGAAGCUCUAAGGAGGGAACAUGAUGAUAGGAACGAAAAUUCUUCAGUACACGGAGGGUGAAUGUGCACGGCGUAUGUGGUGAAAUUGAGAGUUUGGUGCUAGUUUAGAUAGCUUGCAUCAAGAAAUUGAGAGUUGAACAUCCAACAUGUAUAUUGUUUUAUAAUAUCCACCAUUGAUGAUGAUGAAGGCCCAGUGCGCACCCGUGCCAAAGUAAUUAUAUAUGUCCCUGGGUUCUAUACAAAAUAGAACUAGUUGAUCGUUGCUUUCUGAGAAAGAACUUAGUCGCACUCACGCGCGUGUGCAAUUUUCAACAUUUGAUGACCGUCGAUCACAUUGUCGAUCCCAUUUUCUGUUGAAAAUCAUUCCCUCGCGUGAGAGCGACUAAACGGACUGCAACAUUUUUGAUAAUGGCAAUGUGGAGUAAAACCCAAUGCUGCCAACAUUAUUAUAGUCUUCCUUUCUUAAGAGAAAAGCUUUGUCUAAUGCAGAUUAUGGUUGUUGGUUUCCUUUAGUACCCAAAUUUGUACUGGCUUGUUUUGAACAGAUGCAUUCUCAGGCUCAGCCACUCUUUUCCCACUGCUCAUGGUGCAAGACUUAUAAAAACCUAUUUUUGAUACAAAUAUAAGCAAACCAGUCCCGUGUUUUAUUACCUGGGUCCUGGUCUCCCGGAUUUCUUCGAUUUGGAACACGUGUCAUAUCAGAGGGUGGAGGGGAAGCCAUCUGUGGUGUGGGAGCCAUUGUCAAAAGUGGUUUUUAUUAAUUUCGGCCGUCUUUUCCAUCAAUCAUAAUUGGUAAAUCCAGUCAUAAACCAGCAGGCUGUGUGUUUCACGAUGUCGUCAGUCGUUUUCUAGACUUUUAAAUUUACCAGUUGGCAAGGGAAAAGAAACUGUUCUCGUUGACAGUAUUAUGGGCAGAUCAUCUAUCACUUGGUGCAUAUAUCUUUUGAUUAGAGAUACCAAGCAACUGGCUUCUCAAUUUCGUUCUAUAGUUUUCAGACAUAUAUUUAGAGAAUUUAAUUUUGUAGAGUUAACAUCUUUUGUCUAGAACCCUCAGAAUUCUA